ACCCCUUUCUCCCCCUCUACUCUCUCUCCAUCCAUGGCCUCCACCACCUCUCCCGCCUCCUCUUAUUGGGAAGUGACGUCAUCGUCGAAGGAGGAGAUCGGGAUCGUGGGGACCUGCUGCGGGCGUCGGCAGAGAUCCUCGAGGAGGGGACAACGGUGGUCGUCAUUAGGCUGAAGGACGUGGGGGAUUUGAAGUAUUUGGGUAUGUAUGCAGGGAUCGUGGGUGGGAAGAAUUUUGAGGAAAGAUCAAAUUUUGAUGGGGGAUUCAACAAGCUUGGAGUUGCAAGAAUCAGGGUAGGAAGAACUGAGGAAAGAGGCGCGAAAGAUCGAGGACAUGUACUUCAAGUUCGGGCUCCCCCUGGACACCAGGAGGGUGUUCGACGAAAUGCCUCUUAACCAGAAAUUUGGGGUCGAGGCUUUCUUGUAGUAGAAGGAUUUAUUCUCUUUGCUGCGUCUGUGAAGAUUUUCCCUUUUUGUUUUGAAAAUUUUAUUUAUAUGUGGAUUAUUGAGUAAUUUGUAUAUGAUGUGCAUUUUUCAGAUCGAAAACCAAGAGAUGCCUGGUCUCAGCUUCAAGACUCAUCCUAACAUUAACCUAGUGUAAGGUAGAUAGAUGGAGAAUGGAGGUUGAUGUUGCAAUUAUUGAAGUUGGACUUGGUGGUAGGUUAGACCCGACAAAUGUGGUGAAGCUGGUAUGGUAUUAUAACAAUGCACUUGGAAGGCCUAAAAAGAAGAAAUUCAUAGCUCGUGCAAAAUCGCUCAGAAGGAAAUGGCGUCUAUUAGUUCAUGGGGAGAACUCAAAGCAGGCAUCUAUAGAAGCUGAGAUGAAAAAGUAUGAGCAUUUCUGGCUAUUAUGAGGCAUUCUGGAUGGAGUUGGAUGGUGUCAAGCAAAUCUGGAAGAACAGAAAGCAAAUCUGGAAGAACAGAAAGGAACUCAAAUAGAUUAUUAAUCAUGUAUCGAUGAAUUACAUUCUUUCCUAGCAGUGUCAGCCAUUGCAAAUAAUUUAUGUAAACGUUUGUAAAUAAUUUAUGUAUCUCUCUACUAUUUUGGUGAAUGUAUUAUUUGAAUAUAAUUGGAUUUGA